UGUGUCGGUAGAUCAGAGAAGCCCAACUGGGAUUACCAUGCGGAGAUACAAGCUUUUAGCCACCGAUUACAUGAGAAUUUUUCUUUGGAGCUUCUCAAAACUGCGUUUGUUAAUUCUUGUUACAUUAAAGCUGAAGAGGCAAGGCGCCAAGGACUUGGGGUAGACAAAGAAGCGGUUGCCCUGAAUCUCCAAGAUAAUACUAAACUUUCAGAACAAGGGGAAUCCUUUUCACGGUCUUACCUCACACAGUGUUUUGAAGGCGCCUACCCAAAUUUACCUGCAAAGGGAAUAGGAGCGCUUGUUGAUUUUCUUACCAGUCAGGAACUUGUGUCUUAUGUGGCUCAGAACCUGUCCGUACAGGACCUGACGCUUUGCGCAGAGUUUCCUGUCCCACCACGUGUGCUGCAGAGGACGUUCUUUGCUGUAAUAGGAGCGCUGCUUCAUAGCAGUGGGCCUGAGAAAACAGAGAUCUUUGUCAGGGAUUUUUUAAUUCCUCAACUGAUUGGAAAAGACCUGUUUGAGAUCUGGGAACUUAUAAAUCCUAUGGGCUUGCUUGUGGAAGAAUUGACCAAGAGGAAUAUCUCUUCUCCAGAACCAAGAAUUACCAGGCAGUCGGGAGUCAGCACAGUUCUGCCAGUGUACUUUGUUGGGUUGUACUGUGAUAAAAAGAUUAUAGCUGAAGGUCCUGGUGAAACGCUGCUUGCUGCAGAAGAAGAAGCUGCCCGUGUAGCACUGCGGAAACUAUAUGGGUAUACAGAGAAUAGGAGACCUUGGGAUUACUCAAAACCCAAACAAGGAUGGGCAGUGGAAAAGGCUAUCAGCAGCAACUAGAUAAUAAAACUAUUUCUAGUUUACGCUGAGAAUUCAUAGCUUCUGAGCUGAAUAUAGAUGCCUUUUAGAAAGCAAAUUUCAGUUUGGUGUUCCAAUCUUAGGUGCCUGAAAUUUUCAAAUCAACUGUGGUAUUAAUAUUUUUUCUGACCUGAAUUAGUCUUUUGCACAAUGUUUAAUACUUAGUCAUUUUCCUAAAUAUAACAAAAGCACUCUUUUUUCUGAAUUCAUGCCUUUUGGUUGAGAAGUUUUUCCAUGCAUCACAGGAGACUAUUCUUAAUGAUGUAUGAUAAUGUGUGAUGAAGUCGUCGUUCUUGAGCAAAUUCACUAUAUAGAAAAAAGGUUUCAUGAGUAUUUUCCUGGGACUUGUUUUGAGCGUCUUGUUAAUAAGAUCACGUGAAUUACGUGUGCAGCAUUGGCUUUUGAGUUGCAUCUGGUUUCACCUGUCCUUGACAUGUCAAAAACAUGCAAUAUGAUGUCCAAUAUAUAGACGCAGUUGGUAAUUCAAAUUAAAAAAAAAUGUGUAAAUGGCACUUUUGUGGUCUUAUUGCUUGCAUACAACUUUUAUUUGCCAUAUUCAUUGGUUUCUACUGUAGGGAGUACACUCUGAAAGAGGGUGUAUUUUUAGUAAAAAUUGUAAAAAGGGAAAUAAGGUCAUGAAGGUCUGAAUUGAAAGAAAUUGGAGAA